UGUUGCGAUCCAUCUCCCUCUUUUCUUAAAGGGAACAGUCUGCAAAAUUGUAUCUUGCAGUUGGGAAAAACAGCAAGCCGUCUAGCCGCACAUAUGGCUGAAUCCUCAGGACCGCAGAGGCCAAAUCCAGCCAAAAAGGAGCCUUCGAAGGAGAGUCUUGGAAAACUGGGUCGUAUGGGAAAAGGCACUAUGAUCGGAGCAGGCCUAGGACUUGGCAUCACUGUCGUUGGGCUUCCAUUGGUGCUUGGAGCACUAGGUUUCACCAGCGCAGGAAUAGCCGCAGGGUCUGUCGCCGCCAAGAUGAUGUCGGCCUCAGCCAUUGCCAGCGGCGGUGGCAUUGCGGCGGGCGGCCCAGUGGCGAUGCUUCAGUCAGUUGGCGCAACAGGACUCGCACUGAGUACCAAACUUGGAGUGACCGCCGCAACGUCCAGCGCAGGGGCAGCCAUCGCUGCUGCAAAACAACCCCAAAAACCUGGACAGUAGGACCUAAUAGUAGGGAUUUUACAUUCUGGAAAGCCACACCGUAUUGAUGAUACCUUAAAUUUUGGAACGAUCAAUAGGAUAUAGACAGAAUUAUCAGAAAUGUAUUGGUAGGAAGAAAGGCCAAAGGAGAAUGUGCCGCCUUUCGUAUCUCUUUCUGUCGAGGGAGUUGCAAAGCUGGAAAUCGUGUGGGCAAGUUUUGAUGUAGGUUUAAGAAUUGUUUAAUAACAGAAAUAGUAAUAUAUAUAUGUAUAUGUAUGUAUUGAUGAAGCUAUCGAGAUGCUAUAUUUGCAGGGCCUUUUCCAAUACGGAGAGAAGGUUGAAUGAACAGCCUCCUCCUGCAAGCUUUUUGCAGCUAAGCGCAAGCUUUUUGAUGGUAAGUCAAUGGAAGCACAUUAAUAAAUAAAGCAUACUGUACUAAUAAAUAA